AUGUCGCUGUUGGACGACUGUAUCAAGAGCACGUGGUCGCACGUCCUGCGCUCCAUCUCCCUCACAUCAGGCUUCAUCCUGUUCGCGGCGGGUUUCCUCUUUCCAGUGUGGAAGACAGACAGACUCAGGCCGGAUACACAAUCGGGACUGUGGCAGAACUGUUCGACAUCUCUCUCCGAGUGUCAUACGUUCGGUUUUUCGGAAAUACCCGCGUGGAUGCACAUCGUGCGGGUGACGGAGCUGUUUGCCGCCUUCUUCUACUGCUGGACACUACAACGCCUGUACGGCAUCAAGUGUUACGCCAACAACGUGCCCCCUUCCACCAACUGGCGCAAACUGCCCACGCUAGCGUGUUCCUCAGGAGUGCUUGGCUUCUGUGGGAUGCUUUUGUAUGGUUUCCAUGACGACCACCUGCUGUGGAGCGUGAUGCUGGUCGGGGCGGGCUCCGUCCUGGGUUUCAUUGUCGGCUGCUUCAUCUUCUUCUUCCACGACACCAUCCCACGCAACGACAUCGUCACCUACAAUUACGACCCACGUCCUCUUGUAAUACUGCACUUUUGACGUCAUACUACUGUGACCUGCGCCCACUUGUCAUACUUAACUUCUGACGUCAUGCUACUGUGACUCGCGCCCACUUGUCAUACUUAACUUCUGACGUCAGAUUAUUUUGACCCUCCUGCGCUUCUAAAUGUGCACGUGUCACGAUAGAAUACCACGACCCACGUGCUUUUGUCAUUCUGCACUUGUGACAUCAUCUAUGACAAACUUUGUAUUGCAGAACUGGCAGGUACAGUGUACGUAAAGCCCACUAACUCGUGUGACGUGGGACUAUCCUCUGUGCAGUAAUAAACUCCUAUGACACGUGCGUUUGUCACCAUGCACUUGUGACGUCAAAUUACACGUUAUAUUCAUAAAACAAGCGUUUGUAUUUUCUUGCAGAGGAACGAACACCUAUUGUAUAUUUCAAGUGAGUUAAUCCGCAAGACGUUUUGUGUAGUUGUAUAAUACCGCGCCUGUAACCAUUAAACUAGUAGAUACAUCUACUCACGUGCGUCA